AUGCUCCGCACCUGCUGCGUGUGCGACCGCCCGGCCUCGCUCGUGUGCGAGCGCUGCGAGCGCGAGGGCGUCGCGAUCCUCUUCUGCGCGCUCGACCACCAAACGCUCGUCUGGCCGGUGCACAAACACGUGUGCGGCCGCCGCAAGGCCAACCCGCUCCGCCUCCCGGACCUCUCGAACGACGAGCUCGACCACCUCUUGUCGGUCAUCGACCUUCCGCUCUCCUGGCCGGUACCAGCCAGUCAGAGACGGUCUGUCGCUUUCGAGGCGACGAUCGCGAGCUCGGUCGAAGCCAUCGUCAAGCUCGACAUUGGCGAGUUCGACACGACUGGCAUCAACAUGCUGCGCGGUACUGCGCCUCGCACCAAGAUCUAUCCGGCCCUCCUCGGCGCCACUCGUACGCAGCUCUCGCUCGCCGCCACCAACAGCCGUCGCUACGUGGACGCUUUCAACACGUCGUCGCUGUGGCACCACGUCUCUCGCGCCAUCGACCUCGUCCACCGCAACACGACCAACCUUCCCGCCGCCCUCGCUCUGGCCUGGAGCCACCAAGCCGCCGUCACCUUGUUCCUCGCCUCGAGGUGCCCUGAGCGCGACGUCUCGCCCGACCCGGACGCCGUCGGGCUCUUCCAGCACGCCUACACGCACCUCCUGUCGCUCCUCGCGGCGUCGGACGUCCGCUUCGGCGAGGUCGGGAGCGCGUCGAGCGACAAAAAGACCGCCGACAGGGUCGUCGACGAGCUUGACUGCCUCGUCGAGUUUGUCGGCGCGCCUGCAGCGGCGACGGAGGACGUCGUCGUCGACUUCAGUGCGUGCUUGAGGGACGUCGUCAGGGUGAGCAGGGCGGCCGAGGGGCUGUAG